CUGGGAGGCCCGGGCCGGAGCCGCUUCCCUGAGCGCGGAGGCCGGCGGGAGGCGGAGGUGUCGGGCGGGUGCCGCGGGCAGCACUCAGCGGUACCGGCGGCGGCUGCCGCGCUGGAAGGGGCCGCUCCGACCUCCCGCCCCUUCCCUCACCCUUCUCUCACCCUUCCGAUGUCCCGGGGUGCCGCCGGUCCUGCGCCGUGAUUGGCUGAGGAGAGAGGGGAGACCUGCGUCAGACCGCUGCAGCUGACGCCACGGGGGCUUUGUUGGGGCUGAGCAGGGAGGAAAGGUCAAGAUGAAGAACCAGGGUGGGGAGACCAAAGCCACCCCACGGCCUGCUGGCUCUACCAAAAUGGGCAGCGGUCUGGUGCUGGAGGAGAGCGACUCCACCGAGGCUGCAGCACCCCUGGAAGCUCCCCCGGCGCAGGAGGACGCCCGGUCCCCCCGGCCCGCCCUGCCGGACGUCUCCGAGGAGCUGAGCAGGCAGCUGGAGGACAUCCUGAACACCUACUGCGUGGAUGCCAGCCAGGAGGGCCCGGGGGAGGACGGGGGGCAGGGCGAGCCCCCCGAGCCCGAGGAGGCCGAGAAGAGCCGCAGCGAGUCCCCCCGCAACGGCGAGCAGGAGCCGGGCGGCCCCGAGAUGAACGGAGAGAAGGAGGGCGGCAAGGGCGGCGAGGAGGGCGGCGAGAGGGACCAGAGGAGGGCUCAGGAGAAGAAGAAAGCCAAGGGCCUGGGCAAGGAAAUCACUUUGCUGAUGCAGACACUGAACACCCUGAGCACGCCAGAGGAGAAACUAGCAGCCCUCUGCAAGAAAUACGCUGAGCUGCUGGAAGAGCACCGUAACUCCCAGAAGCAGAUGAAGAUCUUGCAGAAGAAGCAGACUCAGCUGGUGCAGGAGAAGGAUCACCUGCAGAGUGAGCACAGCAAGGCCAUCCUGGCCCGCAGCAAGCUGGAGAGCCUCUGCCGGGAGCUCCAGAGGCACAACCGCACCCUCAAGGAGGAAGGCGUCCAGCGCGCCCGGGAGGAGGAGGAGAAGCGCAAGGAGGUGACCUCCCACUUCCAGGUGACACUGAAUGACAUCCAGCUGCAGAUGGAGCAGCACAACGAGAGGAACUCCAAGCUGCGCCAGGAGAACAUGGAGCUGGCCGAGCGGCUCAAGAAGCUGAUCGAGCAGUACGAGCUGCGCGAGGAGCACAUUGAGAAAGUCUUCAAACACAAGGACCUGCAGCAGCAGCUGGUGGAUGCCAAGCUCCAGCAGGCACAGGAAAUGCUGAAGGAGGCAGAGGAGAGGCACCAGCGGGAGAAGGACUUUCUGCUGAAGGAAGCUGUGGAAUCACAGAGGAUGUGUGAACUGAUGAAGCAGCAGGAGACCCAUCUCAAGCAGCAGCUGGCUCUCUACACAGAGAAGUUUGAAGAGUUCCAGAACACCCUUUCCAAAAGCAGUGAAGUCUUCACAACCUUCAAACAGGAGAUGGAGAAGAUGACUAAGAAGAUCAAGAAGCUGGAGAAGGAGACCACGAUGUACCGCUCCCGCUGGGAGAGCAGCAACAAGGCCCUGCUGGAAAUGGCUGAAGAGAAAACCCUUCGGGACAAGGAGCUGGAGGGGCUGCAGGUGAAGAUCCAGCGGCUGGAGAGGCUGUGCCGAGCCCUGCAGACGGAGCGCAACGACCUCAACAAGAAGGUGCAGGACCUGUGCGCCCAGGCGCCCCGCCCCCACCCGCAGCCCCCCCGGGAGCCCGCCCCGGCGGGGCCGGAGCCGGCGGCAGGAGCUGCCCCGGCGGGGCCGGAGCCGGCGGCGGCGGCAGGAGCUGCCCCGGCGGGGCCGGAGCCGGCGGCGGCGGCAGGAGCUGCCCCGGCGGGGCCGGAGCCGGAGCCGGCGGCGGCAGGAGCCGCCCCGGCAGAGCAGCACCUGCCUGAGGAUCGUCUGCAGCCCGGGAAGCCGGCGGCCAGCAGGGAUCCUGCGGAGAGCUUGGCAGAACUGAGCACAGGAACCUUGGGGCGAGGCGGGACCGAGGCGCCCGGCGCUGACUGA